CUGCAGGGAGGGAGGAGAGAAGGGCGGCAGUGGGAGGGGGAGGUACCUGAACUGGGAGUGAUGUCAGCUCCCAGCUCGGUGCCUGCCCGGAUUCCUGACAUGGUGUAGUGCAGGCAGGGUGGGGAAGGGACGGGGAAGGACUCGUGUGCUGCUAGCCGGCGGACGGGCCGGAGUGCUGGGGCUUUGAAAUCCUAGAGGAGGUGGACGAGAACUUUUGGAACUAGUGCCGGCGGCUCUCCACCCCCCAGUAUAAAAGAACGUGUGGAUCAGUUUGCUAAGUACAUCCAAGAUUUGAAGAACUGAAAUAAAUCAGCAUUAAACCUGCUUUUUAAAAACAUCUAGGUUGGAAUUUGCCCCUGACAAAUAAGAAAAUGAUGAGUGAUGCAAGCGAUAUGUUGGCUGCAGCAUUGGAGCAGAUGGAUGGUAUCAUAGCAGGUUCUAAGGCCCUGGAAUAUUCCAAUGGGAUUUUUGAUUGCCAAUCUCCCACCUCUCCAUUCAUGGGAAGUUUGCGAGCUCUGCACCUUGUGGAAGACCUGCGUGGAUUGUUAGAGAUGAUGGAAACAGAUGAGAAAGAAGGUUUGAGAUGCCAGAUCCCAGAUUCAACAGCAGAAACGCUUAUUGAAUGGCUUCAGAGUCAAAUGACAAAUGGACACCUACCUGGGAACGGAGAUGUGUAUCAAGAAAGGCUGGCACGUUUAGAAAAUGAUAAAGAAUCCCUCGUUCUUCAGGUAAGUGUGUUAACAGACCAGGUGGAGGCUCAGGGAGAGAAGAUUCGAGAUUUGGAGUUUUGUCUUGAAGAGCACAGAGAGAAGUUGAAUGCCACAGAAGAAAUGCUGCAGCAGGAGCUUCUAAGUAGGACAUCCUUAGAAACUCAGAAGUUGGAUCUGAUGGCUGAAAUAUCUAACCUGAAGUUGAAACUGACGGCUGUAGAGAAGGACAGAUCGGAUUAUGAAGAUAAGUUCAGAGACACAGAGGGACUGAUUCAGGAGAUCAAUGAUUUGAGGUUAAAAGUCAGUGAAAUGGACAGUGAGAGACUUCAGUAUGAAAAAAAGCUUAAAUCAACCAAAUCUUUAAUGGCCAAACUUUCUAGCAUGAAAAUCAAGGUGGGUCAGAUGCAGUAUGAAAAGCAGCGGAUGGAACAAAAAUGGGAGUCACUGAAGGAUGAACUGGCAUCUUUAAAAGAACAACUAGAAGAAAAGGAAUCUGAAGUAAAAAGGCUACAAGAAAAAUUGGUUUGCAAGAUGAAAGGAGAAGAGGUUGAAAUUGUUGAUAGAGAUGAAAAUUUUAAAAAGAAGCUCAAAGAAAAAAACAUCGAAGUACAAAAAAUGAAGAAAGCUGUGGAGUCUUUGAUGGCAGCAAAUGAAGAAAAGGAUCGAAAAAUAGAAGAUCUUCGACAGUGCCUGAACAGGUACAAGAAAAUUCAAGAUACUGUGGUACUGGCCCAAGGUAAAAAAGGCAAAGAUGGAGAAUAUGAAGAUCUGCUCAAUUCCAGCUCCAUCUCCACUUUGCUGGAUGCACAGGGUUUCAGUGAUCUGGAGAAAAGUCCAUCACCCACUCCAGUAAUGGGAUCUCCCAGUCGUGACCCAUUUAACACAAGUGUUCCUGAAGAGUUCCAUGCCACCAUCUUGCAAGUUUCCAUCCCUUCAUUAUUGCCAGCAACUAUAAGUAUGGAAACUUCUGAAAAAUCAAAGUUGACUCCUAAGCCAGAGACUUCAUUUGAAGAAAAUGAUGGAAAGACAAUCCUUGGCGCCACUGUUGAUACCCAGCUGUGCGAUAAUCUUUCAACUUCAAGUCUGCAAAAGUCCAGCAGCCUGGGCAAUCUGAAGAAAGAGACAUCUGACGGGGAAAAGGAAUCUAUUCAGAAGACAUCAGAGGACAGAGCUCCGGCAGAAAGCAGGCCAUUUGGGACCCUUCCUCCCAGACCCCCAGGGCAGGACACCUCCAUGGACGACAACCCUUUCGGCACUCGAAAAGUCAGAUCUUCCUUUGGCCGGGGCUUUUUUAAAAUCAAAAGUAACAAGAGAACAGCAAGUGCACCAAACUUGGAUCGUAAACGAAGUGCCAGUGCACCCACCUUAGCUGAAACAGAAAAAGAGACAGCAGAGCACCUAGAUCUGGCUGGUGCUUCUUCUCGGCCAAAAGAUUCACAGAGGAACAGUCCCUUCCAGAUACCACCUCCAUCUCCAGAUUCCAAAAAGAAAUCCAGAGGUAUCAUGAAACUCUUUGGAAAACUUAGGAGAAGUCAAUCAACUACGUUCAACCCAGAUGACAUGUCUGAGCCUGAAUUCAAAAGAGGAGGGACAAGGGCAACCGCGGGACCCCGACUGGGUUGGUCUCGAGACUUGGGACAGUCUAACAAUGACUUGGAUAUGCCAUUUGCCAAGUGGACCAAGGAGCAGGUUUGCAAUUGGCUGAUGGAACAGGGCUUGGGCUCCUACCUGAAUUCUGGCAAGCACUGGAUUGCAUCUGGCCAAACGCUUUUGCAGGCUUCUCAACAAGAUCUAGAGAAGGAACUUGGAAUCAAGCAUUCACUUCAUCGAAAGAAACUCCAGCUGGCACUCCAAGCCCUGGGAUCUGAAGAAGAAACCAAUCACGGGAAGCUGGAUUUCAACUGGGUCACUAGAUGGUUGGAUGACAUUGGCCUCCCUCAAUAUAAGACCCAGUUUGAUGAAGGACGGGUUGAUGGUCGAAUGCUACAUUACAUGACUGUUGAUGAUUUACUGUCUUUGAAGGUUGUGAGUGUGCUACACCACCUCAGUAUCAAAAGGGCCAUCCAGGUCCUGAGGAUCAAUAACUUUGAACCAAACUGUCUACGGAGGCGGCCAUCUGAUGAGAAUACCAUCGCCCCAUCAGAAGUUCAGAAGUGGACUAACCAUCGAGUGAUGGAGUGGCUGCGCUCCGUGGACUUGGCAGAAUAUGCCCCCAAUCUCAGAGGCAGCGGUGUCCAUGGUGGGCUCAUGGUUCUAGAGCCUCGUUUUAAUGUAGAAACAAUGGCUCAGUUAUUGAACAUCCCACCCAAUAAGACUUUGCUGCGAAGACAUUUGGCCACUCAUUUCAACCUUCUGAUUGGGGCUGAGGCACAGCACCAGAAGCGAGAUGCCAUGGAGCUGCCGGAUUAUGUACUUCUAACAGCUACUGCCAAAGUGAAGCCAAAGAAGCUUGCCUUUAGCAAUUUUGGGAAUUUGAGAAAGAAGAAACAGGAAGAUGGGGAAGAAUAUGUUUGUCCAAUGGAAUUGGGACAGGUAUCAGGAAGUGCAUCUAAGAAAGGAUUUAAACCUGGUUUGGAUAUGCGCCUGUAUGAGGAAGAUGAUUUGGACCGAUUAGAGCAGAUGGAAGAUUCAGAAGGGACAGUGAGACAGAUAGGUGCAUUCUCCGAAGGCAUCAACAAUCUGACACACAUGUUAAAAGAAGAUGACAUGUUUAAAGAUUUUGCUGCCCGUUCCCCCAGUGCCAGCAUUACAGAUGAAGACUCAAACGUUUGACCGUAGCACCUGGAGGAACAUUAGGAAUGCUUAGUCUUUUUUCUACUUUCUUUUCCAAACACUCACAGUAUAUACAACAGGCAGCGGAUUGCCUAUUGUUUGUUGUUCCAAUUUCUGCUGUUGAGAAGUUUAAACAGGAAGCAGGAGUAAUGUGCCGAUUCCGAAGUGGCCACAAAAAAUAAGACACUGGUGAAUGAGAGUAUAAUUGUUUUUCUUCUAUUUAAUGUAAAAAUCUGUGAUAUAUUAUAUUUAAAGUGUUGCAUUUAAGAUGAGUAUUUUACCAGAGUGUUUCCGUUCACAUCCGCAGUAUGGAGGAUUUGGGGAACAGCAACCAGGAUGGGAAUGAUUUUGUCACAUCAGUGUUCACUGGAGCCACCUAAGUAGGACAUUAUAUGAUUUCAGAAUCAAUAUGUGGAACUUCUUUAAGCAUUCAGUGUGCCCACUAAAUGCCAGCCACACCUCCACUUGCCUCUUACUGUCUUAUUUUUAUAUAUUUUUCUAAAUAUAUGUAUAUAUACAGUACAUAGAAAAUAGAACAUUUAUUUUGUGACCUAAGGACGAUGGUGAAAAGAUCACGUUUUCUAAACAAUCUGGUGAUCAGAACGUUCAUAUACCAGCUGGUUUCUGAAGAAGUCAGAAUGAUCUUUCUCCAUACUGACUUUUAACAAUGUUGAUCAUUGAGGCUAAAUUAAUAUAUAUGAAAUAUUCCUUUUUGAUGACACCACAAAAAUGUUGAACAGUUUAAAAAUUUCAACCUUAAUCUUGGAUCCCUUUACCUCAUAUGGAAGAACUUGAGGGACAUUGGUAUACUUUUUUUUUUUAAGAUGGAGUCUCACUCUGUCACCCAGGUUGGAGUGCUGUGGUAUGAUCUCGGCUCACUGCAACCUCCGCCUCCUGGGUUCAAGCCAUUCUUUUGCUUCAGCCUCCCAAGUAGGUGGGACUACAGGCACAUGCCACCAUGCCUGGCUAAUUUUUGUAUUUUUAGUAGACACGGUGUUUCACCAUAUUGGCCAGGCUGGUCUGGAACUCCUGACCUCGUGAUCCGCCCGCCUCAGCCUCCCAAAGUACUGGGAUUACAGGCAUGAGCCACCAUGCCUGGCCAUGCUGGAGUGACUCUGUCACCCAUGCUGGAGUGCAGUGACAUGAUCAUAGCUCACUGCAGCCUUGAAUUCCUAGGCUCCAGUGAUCCUCUCACCUCAGCCUCCCCAAUAGCUAGGAUUACAGGUGUGUGGCCUCCCACCCCACCCCACCCUUCACACCUCGAUGAUUUUUCAAAAAUUUUUUGUAGAAACAGGAUCUCACCAUGUUGCCCAGCCUGGCCUCAAACUCCUGUCCUCAAGUCAUCCUCCCGCCUCAGCCUUUCAAAGUGCUGGGAUUACAGGUGUGAGCCACUGUGCCUGGCUUGAAUACACUAACUUGAAUACAUUCAGAAUCACCUCCUCUCCCCAAAAUGUGUAGAAAUAGUUUUUGAGGAAACCAAAAGCAAAGCAGAAACCUUUACAGUAUUGUUUCUUUUCUCUUUGUUAACUAUGUCAUUGCAUCAAAAUACUAAUAGUCUGCCUAAACAUGUUCAUUGUACAUUUCUCAGGCUAUCAAUGAAUGGAGCUUUUUAAAAAGUUGAAUAUUUGUCUGAACAUUUUAUUUCAAAGUUUAAAAAAACAGAGGCUGCAAAAUGCAUUUUAUAAUGGCUAUUUUGUGAUGAUAAGAUGUAGUUCAUGUUUUUCUGUAGCACUGGGCCCAAAUAUUCUUUGCAAAGAAAAUCACUGCAGCAAAAAUUGUUACUGUGUUUAUUAUGUUUGUAGAAAUAUUAGAAAAAUAUUCUAUCUUUUAUUCAGUGCUACAUAAUUACCCAUGGUAGCCAACCCUACAAAAGACAGGUUUUCACAAAUUGAGGUGGAGGUGGGCAGUUCAGUAUCUGCCAUUGGACUUGAUUAUAAACUGAAUUUGAAUAUCAGUGGUGUUAUCUUUUAAGUUGUCAGCAGGUUACCAAGGUAUUCAUUAAAGAAAUUGUAAUAUCAAAUUACUGUUUAUUCCUAAUAAUUGAUUUGAUGCUAAUAAUAAUUUUCUUUAAACUCUACCAUUCAUUAUGUGGUAACUGUAUUGGACUUACUUUAUUUGGAUUUUAUUUUAAUGUGACUAGAUGUCACCACUUGAAAAAAUCAAUUUGUUCUUAGAACCUGGUUGAAAAUACCAGGAGACUGUUACAGAUGUCAAAUUUUUUUUUUUUUUUUGAGACGGAGUCUCGCUUUGUCGCCCAGGCUGGAGUGCAGUGGCGCGAUCUUGGCUCACUGCAAGCUCUGACUCCUGGGUUCACGCCAUUCUGCCACCUCAGCUUCCCAAGUAGCUGGGACUACAGGUGUCUGCCACCAUGCCUGGCUAAUUUUGUUUUCGUAUUUUUAGUAGAGACGGGGUUUCACCGUGUUAGCCAGGAAGGUCUCAAUCUCCUGACAUCGUGAUCCGCCCACCUCAGUCUCCCAAAGUGCUGGGAUUACAGGCGUGAGCCACUGUGCCCGGCCCAAGUAUUUUUUAUUCAGGACAGCAUAACCUAACUGAUAAUAUGUAAUAAGGUUAAAUUUUUUUAUGAUGUGUUUUAUUUACAAAAUAUCAUACACUGCUGGUGUUACCAUAUGAAAGGAAAUAAAGUCAAUUGAUAUUGCUUCA